AAAAGAAAUAAGAAGUUAUGCAUUAGAGGUGAACUCGAAUUUUGAGAUUACUUUUUUUUUGUUUAAGUAGUUUUCUUUUUGUACUCAUGUACAGGAAAUAUGAUUUAGUUAUCAUACCAUUAUAAUCAUCUGAUCUCUGUGAUUGUUGAUGUAAUAACAUUUUGCGAAAUCUGUCAACCAAUACAACGAAAUAAUCAUGAUUUUUAUAUAACCACAAAAAUUUUGAUACAAAGACUAAUGGUAGUAGUAGUAGUAGUACUGUCAUCAAUAUGAAUAUCAUUAACAACACUAGCAACUGGACAAUAUUUUCCAAUUACACAGUGAUAGAUGAUUACAGUUUAUGGAAAACUAUACUACUUGGAAUUUUGUUAAUUAUUGCAGUCUUAUUAACUGUCACUGGAAAUUUGUUAGUAUUUCUAGCUUUUCUACGUGAAAGAUAUAUGCGAAAAAAUUUAACCAAUUGGUUUUUGGUUUCAUUAGCUAUAGCAGAUUUAUUAGUUGGAACUAUAGUGAUGCCAUUUGCUAUUUAUCAUACAUUAUAUAAUGCAUAUUGGCCAUUUGGACGUGAUUGGUGUGAUGUAUGGCAUGCAUUUGAUGUGUUAAGUUCCACAGCAUCAAUAUUAAAUCUUUGUGCAAUAGCAUUGGAACGAUUCUGGGCAACGGAAAAUCCUAUUACGCAUACAUCAAUGCGUACACGUCGGCAUUGUUUAUUAAUGCUUGCAUUUGUAUGGAUCUGUUCAAUACUGAUAUCAUUUCCAGCAAUUUUAUGGUGGAGAAAUACACAAGAUUAUACAAUUAACUCCGCAGAAAUAUGCCAAUUUACAUCGGAUAGUAUUUAUUUAUUUGUUUCAUCUUGUGUAUCAUUUUAUAUACCAUUAAUAGUGAUGUUAGUUGUGUAUACACGUAUUUAUCGAACUGCUAAUAAUUUAAUGAAAAGUUUUAAAACUGGUGAAAAAAUUGUUGUUUAUUCAAAUAUUAAACAAUUAUCACCACCAAGUUUAAAUUUCCAAGUAACCACCAAUCCAUUAAAUGAACGUAAACACAAGCAUUGGCUCAAACAAUGUCAUCCUACGGUAAAAUCACAAGAUUUCAUACCACCACAAUUGUCAAUGUCACAAGGAGAUAAAAUGAUACUACGUGUUCAUCGUGGUGGAAAUAGUGCGGAUAAAUAUGCUACCAGAAGUAAUAAUACAUUUAAAUCAAACAAAUUUAAAACAAUACCUAAACCUAAUCGUUUAUCUUCUAAUAAUUUUGACAAAAGUAUGAUGAUAAAACGAAAAAAAUUCAAUGAUUUAACAAAACUUACAAAUUCAUUUUGUUUAAAUAAACACUACAUCACUACAUUGUCAAAUGUCAAUCAAAGCAUUACACCACUGAAUCAAUUCAAUAGUGACCAAUUAAAAUCUAAUAGAAAUCAUUGGAAUCAUACAAAUUCUUUAAUGCAAAUACCAAUUCAUUCACAAAUUAUUACAGACAAUAAUAAUAAUAAUAAUAUUAAUAGUAGUAGUAAUAAUAAUAAGUCGUUACAUGGUCAAAUUGAUUUUAAACGUUCACAUUCAUUCAGUAUCUUAAGUUAUCUAUCAUCUCAUUCACAACAUAGUCAAAAAUGUAAAAAAUCACUGUGUUUGCAAUCACAAAUUGUACCAAUUAAACCAUCAUCCAUCAAAAUGCGAAAUUCACAAACUUCGCACCCUAAACAAUGGAAUAGUUUAACAUGGAGAUGCGAACAAAAUCAGCUCACUGGUUACCAAUUUAAUAAUAAUGAUAAAGAUAAAAAGUAUUCAAAAUAUCAUUUUGCUGUAUCAAAUGAAAAAUGCAAACAAUCAAUUGCCAGGCUAAGUAUGAAUCAACAAAAUAUUAACAACAACAAUAACAGUGUAUGCAUGAAUAAUUCUACAAUAAAUAUCACUUCAACAACCAGUAAUAUCACUAUGAAUUCGAAUUCAAUUAAUAAUACAACUCAAAUGGAAGGUAAUUCAUUGCCUAAAACAAAAUGUUGGAUAAAUCAAUUAAGAGAGUUUGCUAGAAAGAAAUGUGUUUGUAAAUUUGCACGUGAACAGAAAGCAGCUAAAACAUUAGGCAUUAUCAUGGGAUUAUUUAUAUUAUGUUGGUUACCAUUUUUUGUUUGUAACAUUUUAAUUGCUUGCGAUCCAUAUGCAUUGAAUAAAAAUGAUCUAUUUAAACAAGCUCAUCAUUUGGUUACAUGGUUAGGUUAUAUAAAUUCAUGCAUUAAUCCUAUUAUUUAUGCACAUUCAAUGCAUGAAUUUCGUAGAGCAUUUAAACGAUUACUUUGUUUUCAUUGGUGGUAUCGUAAACAAAUUCAAUUGAGAAAAUCAACUUCUUUUACUAGUCAUUGUUUAUCACAUCGUUUAACUUCUCAUCAUCAUCAGCAUCCUCAUCAUCAUCAUCACCGCCAUCAUCAUCAUCAUCGUCGUCAUCAUCAUCAUCAUCGUCAUCAUCAAGAUGAUGAUCGUUUUCAUCGACACGGUCCUUAUCAGUCUGGUGAUUAUUUAUGUACAGAUAAAUUUGAUACUCUUUAUAAAACGAAUCAACCAACAUCGAAAUAUCAUCCUAGUGUUACAGAUUAUCAGUCAACUAAUAGUCGUUUAGUAAAUCGAGAACUUGAGAAUAGUUAUUUAUCAUAUAGUAUAAUUGUACCAAAUUUAAGUGAUCCCAUUUGUUUUAAAAAUCAGUAGACAUGAUGAAAAGAAAUUCAAAAAUUUGGCGGGAUUUAUAUUAUCAAUCCUUUGGACAUAACCGAAAAACGAUUAUUAUUAUUAUGAUUAUUAUUAUGGUAUAAAGUCGGUGUCUUUCGACAAACGUUUUGCUUUUUAUUUUAUAUGGAAAGAUUAUACUGAUUUCUUUAAAUAUGCUUAUCAAAGACAUAAUGAAUUAUAUAUUCGAUCUAAACUGAUACACUCAAAAAGUGAGUAUGUAAAUAAAAUUGUUCAAGUGUAAAGCAGUAUGUACUUUUCUUUGUGUUUUUAUCUUCAAUUCCAUUCAAUAUAUACCUUGUGAUGAUAAGAACGGCUAUUAGUUAGCUACUAC